UGUUUGGUAGCCUGCACGGAGGGUGCACGAGGCUGAAAGUUCCCUGUUCGACCCACUUUUCGCUGUUUGGUAGGGUGGGUGGGCUCUGUUGGGCUAUGUCGAUCUCAUGCAAAAAACGCUCUCCGCUAUGCUCGAUCGAAGCACCCCACACAGGCCUGCCGGGUCGAGCGAGGCUGAGGCCGCACAGGAGAAAAAUCUCCCCCCGACCCACUUUUCCUCGAACGACCAACCCGGCCCUCCCCUCCCGCGACCCCCUCCUCCCCUCGCGCGACCCCAUCCAAACCUAGCCGCCAGCGCCCGCUCGCCGCCGGUCCCCUCGCGCUACCCCGCCGCCAGUCCCAUCUCCCGCCCGCCGCCGGUCCCAUCUCACGCUACCUCGUCUACGCGUCGCCCCUGCGCCUGGCCGUUCCGCCACCCGUCGCCGGCCUGCCCCUGCUCCUGGCCGGCCUCAACUCGCCGCCGCCGCCGGAGUACAUCCUGACACGGGAGAGAUGGAUGAAUUGGCAAGAAAACGAAUGCAACUAAUUGUGAGAGGAGCCGGUCUAGUGGCUGGAUUGUAUGCUUACAUGAUGGUCAUAUUUAGAAGAUCUAGGCAACAAACACCAAGGAUAACCGUGGGUAGCAUGGCCGAUCGUGCCAUAUCUAGAGAGUCAAAUUUGAGAUACAUUUAUCACUCUAGUGACAUAAAUUGUUCAAAUCAACUCAGAAUGAGAAAAGCUCCAUUUUUCCGUUUGUGUGCUAUAUUUAGAGAGAGAAAUUUGUUGUUGGAUAGCAUCCAUACUUCUAUCGAGGAACAAGUUGCCAUGUUUCUUUAUGUAGUUGGCCAUAACCAAAGGUAUAGGACACUACAACCUAUCUUCAGAAGAUCUAUCGAAGUCAUUAGUAGGUAUUUCAAGGCAGUGCUUUAUGCUGUUGGGGAGUUGAGAGAUGAGAUGAUUCGACCUCCCUCCAACCAUUGCCAUCGUAAAAUACAAGAAAGCACCCGCUUCAAUCCAUAUUUUAAGGAUUGUGUUGGAGCAAUAGAUGGGACUCAUGUGCUUGCUAGAGUCCCAAAAAGUAUCUCAGCUGCCUUUAGGGGUAGAAAGGAGGGGACUACCCAAAAUGUGAUGGCCGCGGUAGACUUUGAUCUAAAGUUUACCUAUGUACUUGCGGGUUGGGACGGGUCAGCUCAUGAUGCCCUUAUACUUGCAAAUGCACUGGAGAGGGAAGAUGGGUUGAAAGUUCCUACAGGAAAAUUCUUCCUUGUUGAUGCGGGGUAUGCUGUGAGGCCGGGUUUUCUUCCACCAUACCGUGGCACGAGGUACCACUUGAAAGAGUAUGGUCGAGGGAAUCAUCCUCAAAAUGCCAAAGAGUUGUUCAACUUAAGACACUCUUCUUUGAGGACAUCGGUUGAGAGGGCUUUUGCCGCGUACAAAAACCGUUGGAAGUUUGUCUACAAUAAACCAUUCCAUGGUUACAAGACCCAAGUAAAAGUAGUGCUAGCUUGUGCAAUUCUUCACAAUUGGGUACUUCAAUAUGGUGAGGAUGAAUAUUUCCCGCCCGAGGAAACAUGGGAUCCGGAACCCAAUGAUGAAGAUCCCAAUGAUAUUAUGGAUGAUGAGGUGCUGGAGGUUCCUCAUGUUGGUGCUCUGCCCAAGAAGGCCCCCAAGGUCAUGAAUUGGACUCCGCCCAUGUCGGCAAUGAUGUUGAAAGGUCUUUCAGAGGUGGCAGCAAGAGGUGCCAAGACUGAUAAAGGAUUCAAAGAGGCUGCAAAAUUGAAAGUUGCAAAGUCUAUAUCUGCUUUGGAUCAUCCAACAGAUGCUAAACUUCUUAAUUCCCCACUUGAGAACUACAACUAUAUGGAAAAUUGCUUUGCUAAUAAGCAAGCCACCGGGAAUUAUGCAAUGGCCACCGGUGUGCCAUUGGGAACGCCUAUUGUUGUGGAAGACAAAGAUAAACCCAAUGUUAUGGAGGGGCAUGGAACAACUGAUGAGGUAUUGCAACACCUUCCUGGGUCUAACUCUGCACUUCCAACUGCUAGUGCCACUCAGGACCCUUCACCUACUUCAAAUAAGAAGAGAAAGAGGGCAUCAGGUUUGACUGAGGAGGACACAAUCCAGUGCAGCAACAUGACUGAUGCUAUGCGUGAGAUUGCAAGUGCUAUCAACAACACUUGCCAUGCUGAAACACACCCUGACUUGUACAAGGCUGUCAUGGACCUUAUUAUGUUUGAGCAAAAUGAUCGCUUGGCUGUUCUAGAUUAUCUCACAGAACAUAAGGCAAAAGGCCUCAACUUUGUGAAGAUGAAUGAUGAAGUCCGUCAAGCAUCGUUCAAACGUAUCUUGAAAGCCAAUCCUGAUCUUCUUUGA